AUGUCUAUCGACUCGAGGAACAACCAGUACACGAUGGCCGAGGUCAGAGAGUUUGGAGAGCGGUUCCACAAAUAUAUGAAUGAGUCUGAUACCCCAGGAUGCACUGGUCCUCAUAUUACAUUUACACUAGCUUCUCUAGACAUCCCGGCCUGGUCAUCAGAGUAUAGACCCAAGCGCUUGCAACCCGAACAUGAGGAGAUGAUCCAGGCACUCGGCCUGCCCAUCGAGUCCGAGUCUGGGAUUGACCAUUCCCAGUCUCAGUAUCGGUAUGUCUGGAUUAGUAAUUUAGUAACUUGGACGGAAUGGUGUGGCUACAUUGGACCCGGGGUUGUCUUCAUGGACCUUAUUAUCAGGAAUCGGGUGGCUGGUGAUCCCCGUAGUACUGACAUGACCAAGGCUAUCUAUGAGGCGUCGUACCGGAUUGACACCUUGAAGCAUAUCUUCUUCUGUGAUGUUGUCAACAGCGAGGCCCGCCGCAUUAUCGAAGAUCAUGUCAUUAAAAGGAUGUUCCGGCCUCGGGAAUGCACAUCGUAUGGGAUUGAAUCCGAUCAGUUCAAGCUCAUUCUUGGGACAGAGCUUGGCAGAUUCGCCGCACGAUUGAUUCUCGGCACGUGGGGACAGGGUGUGAAGCGGGUUGAGCGUGUCACUCUUAUGGCACAUUUGCCGCAGAAAAUCUUGAGCGACCUGCGAUUCGACAUUGGGGAUUGUCCGUGA